CUACCCAAAGCAAUCUACAGAUUCAAUUCAAUCCCUAUCAGAAUUCCCAUGGCAUUUUUCACAGAACAGUUUUAGAAAUAAUUCUAAAAUGUGUAGAGAACAACAAAAGAUCCCAAACAGCCAACGCAAUGUUGAGAAAGAGAACAAAGUGGAGGUAUCAGCUCUCUGAUUUCAAACUACAAAGCUAUGGUUAUCAAAAACACAGACACACAGAGCAAUGGAACAAAAUUGAGAGCCCACAGUUAAACCCACAUAUGGAUGAUUAAUGCAUGACAAAGGAGCCAAGAACAUACAAUGGAGAAAGGAUUGUCUUUUCAAUAUAUGGUAUUGGAAAAACUGGAUCACUAUCUUACACCAUACACAAAAACUAACUCAAAAUGGAUUAAAGACUUGAAUGUUAUACCUGAAACCAUAAAAUUCCUAGAAGAAAACAUAGGCAGUAAGCUCCCCAACUUUGGUCUUACUGAUAAUUUUGUGGACCAGACUUCAAAGGCAAGGGGAACCAAAGCAAAAAUAAAGAGGAUUACUUUACAAUGCUUCUGCACAUUGAAAGAAAACAUCAUCAAAAUGAAAAGGCAACCAAUUGAGUGGGAGACGAUUUUUGAAAAUCAUAGACCAGGGAUUAAUAUCCAAAAUAUAUAAAGAACAGAAACAACUCAAAAAACACAACAACAAUAAGAACCAAACAACUUAAAAUAGGUAGAGGAUAUGAAUAGACACUUAGUAUAUCUACAGAUAUGUGCAACCAUCACCUCUGUCGGUUUUAGAACAUUCAUCACAGAGGUCAAUUCUUUUUUUUUUUAAGAUUUAAAAAAAAUUUUUAAGUGUAUUUAUUUUUGAAAGAAAGAGGGAGAGAGCACAAACUGGGAAGGGGCAGAGAGGAGAGACAGAAUCCCAAGCAGGCUCCACACCGUCAGCACAUAGCCCAAUGUGGGACUUGAACUCACACAGCAUGAGAUCAGACCUAGGCUGAGAAGCUCAUCGGAAGCUCAAUGGCCUGCACCACCCAGGUGCCCCUCACAGUGGUCAAUUCUUAAUCUUCAUUUUACUUGGCCUAUCAAUAGCUUUUGACAUAGUUGACCAAUCCCUGUCUUCUUGACACAUUUUUUCACUUGGCUUUCAGGACAUCACACUCUCUUGGUGUUUCUCCUUCCUCACUGGUCAUCUCCUUUCAUUUGGUUUUGCUUUUCUUCCCCCAUGACUUCCUUCUAGAGAUUGCAGUGCUCCAGGGUGUAAUCUUUUAAACUCUUUAUUAUCCUCCUGGGUGAUCUCAUCUAGUUUCAUGGCUUUAAAUACCAUCUAUAUAUUUAGUACUAUCAAGUUUACAUCUCUAUCCCAGACAUCUUUCACCAUCUCUAAGUUUGUGUAUGUAACUGUCUGCUCCACAUCCCCAUGUGGAUUGUAAUAGAUAACAUGUUCAAAACUAACCCUGUUACUCCUGCAGUCUUCCCUACCUCAGCUGAUGACUAUUUGAUCCUUCUAGUUGUUCUGGCCAAAAAUCUUAGAGUCAUCCUUGAUGCCAUUUCUCUCUCACAUACCACGUUCAAUCCGUUACCAAAUUCUGUCGGCUGUAUACAUUCAGAACCCUAUCCCUUCUCCCACCUCCUCUCCUACCCCCUGGUGUGAGCUGUCACCAUUUCUAGCUUGAAUUACUGCAGCAGCCUCCUAACAGGUCAUAUUGCUUUUAAUCCUUGUCCCUCUACAGUCUAGUCUUAAUACAGCAACUACAGUGAUCCUUUGAAAAUAGAGGUGACGUCUUGUUACUCCUCUGCUCAAAACCUUGCAGUGACUCCCCAGAGUAAAAUCCAAAGUUCUUAUAGUAGUCCACAAGGCCCUCCAGGACCUGAUCUGCCCUUGCUCCUUACCUUCUUGAUUUCACUUCUCUCACCCUUACUUUAAUGCAGUUACAUAGGCCUCAACUUUUCCUCAAACACUCCAGGCACACUUCUCACUCAUUUACAGAGUUUGCACUGGCCAGUCCCUCUGACUAGAAAGCAUUUCCUCCAACUGUAUGGUUUGGGGAUUUGGUUUCGCCAAUCCCCUCACCUCCUUUAGGGCAAUGUUCCAAUUUCAUCUUCUCCCUAAGGCCAUCUCUUAUCACUUUACUUAAUAUACAGUCAACCCUCUCCACCCCUCUUGACUUCCUCCUCCUCUACUUCCAAACCCACUUACCUUGCUCUAUGUUUUCUUUUAUCUAUAGCACCUUUUAACAUACAGUGUUAUUUCUUAUGUUUAUUUCUUAGCUUUGUCUAUAGUGCCUUCUUCCCCUCUGGAAUAAGUUCUCCAAAGCAAGAAAUCCAUUCAUUGAUGUAUCCAAGGAUAUAGUACAAUGUCUGGUACAAUAAUUAUGUGUUGAAUGAGUGAAUGAAAAAUAUGGGUGAUAGUACCUACUCUAAAAUUAUUUUAGGGAUUAAAUUAAAUGCAAAGAUCUUGACACACAAUGGACAUCCAGCAUGUUAGAUUGCUACCUCCCUUCUCCCUUCCCCAAAUAUCUUUCCCACUUGCCUCCUCUUAUAGCAUUGUUCCUUCCCUCUUCUCUGAAAAAUUUGACAAUUCUGGGCUCUCCUUUGAGUUUAAAUCCAGGAAAAUCCAACAAAAGUCCACAGAUGUCAUCUGAGAAGAAAAGGAACACUGGGACACCAGCUUUACCCACUGCCACACUGUUAAUCAAAUUAAGAAACUGUCACACAGAGAAGCAGAAAGACCCAAAGAGAUGGAAAGAUAAAUGUUUUUGUUAUUGGAGAUUUAUUACACCAUUUUUUAAAAUUACCUUUAUUGAGGACUAAUUUACAUGCAUUAAAAUAUACAUAUUUUAAGUGUACUGUUUGAUGAGUUUUGACAAAUGUAUAGGUAAUCUGAUUUGGGAUGGAGGGCAUUAAGGUCACCUGGGAUUAUGUAGGUCCAGGGGUUUAACAGAGAGAUCCUGGCCAGGAAAGAGAACAUCAAGACUCUUGGAAAACAUACUCAAACAGAGACAAGUGGAGACACCAGGGCCAACCUGAAAUUGUUCCUGGGGUCUCUAUGCACCAGGAUCUGAACCUCCAGAAUGUCUCACAACUUCGUGGCACCUCUUGGCCCUCCUGAGGGAGUGGGCCAGCUGCCUUUCACACCAGUCUCACGUGUAUAUGCCAGGAGCGGUGACCUGUGACUGAGCCCUCCUUCUCUGCUCUGCAACUCUCCUGCCAAUACCCACACCCCUCAUCCUCGCCUACCGGUGGGAAUGGGAGGGGUCCGUUCCAGACCACGACAGCCAAUUUUCACCGCUGCCAGACACCCACCGGGUCUGAUUUUCUCUCCAGCCUCAGUUAGAAAUCGUCUUCGAGUCCUCGGCGGCACCGCAGGCCGGAAAAAGCAAAAGUGCCGCGCCAGGUGUUGGCAUCAGAAAUACUCCUUUGGGUCUGCCAUUCUCUGGUCCCUGGGAGCUCUUGGCCUCUGAGGUGCGAUCUACUGAGCCAGCCCAGCAACCAGGUCCGCUCCCGCCUCCUCAGCUUCUGAAAUAUUCUAGGGGUUGCAGGUUCAGCUUCACUUAGAGACAGCAACUCCGACUUCAGGUUGGCUAGGGAAACUGAGGCACGACUGGGGAUUUUAGGUGAGGGGUCUAAAGUUGGCCGCAGACUUUACUCCUGUAACUGCGAUAACCCCUAUCGAAAGCCCAGUGUGGUGCGUGCCGAUCUAAGAAACCAGUGGGCCGGUUUGCGCAGACAUCUGGGGGAUAGCGAAGCACCGCCCAAGCGGCUGGGAAACCUCAGGGGUGGCGCUGGCUGGAGGUGGGGCCAGGGGUGGGUCCUGGCGGAGGGCGGGGCCGACCUGGGCUACCAGGAGUGCCAGCCUAGCCCUGUACAGCAGAAGUGGUGGUAGUCGCCUUUGCCCUUGGUUCUUGUUCUGCUUGCGCUCGACCUCGCAGCCAUGGAGGCACCCCAGGAGCUUCUGAGUGGGAAGCUCCAACUCUGCUUCACCCCCGCUGCCGGGACCAGCCUCCUGAUGCUCAGGCUGAACGACGCGGCGUUGCGGGCGCUGCAAGAGUGUCGGCGGCAACAGGUUCGGCCAGUGAUUGCUUUCCAAGGCAACCGAGGGUAUCUAAGGUUCCCAGGACCUGGCUGGUCCUGCCUCUUCUCCUUCAUAGUGUCCCAGUGUGGCCAAGAGGGCCCUGGUGGCUUGGACCUUGUGUACCAACGCUUAGGCAGAUCUGGGCCUAACCACCUCCACUGCCUGGGCCCACUCAGGGAACGCCUCACUAUUUGGGCAGCCAUGGAUUCCAUCCCUGCCCCAUCUUCAGUUCAGAGACACAACCUAACUGACAGUGCCAGAGAUCCUGAGAGUUGGCAGAACAUAGGAGACUAUUCUGAGGAAGACACAGUUUCACAGCCACAAAUGGCACUAAAAGAGGUGCCAGAUCCACUGGCAAGCAGCCAAAGACAGUCACUCCCAGGAUCCUCAGAGGAACACAUGGCACAGUGGGAAGUGAGAAACCAGACCCAUCUUCCAAACAGAGAACCUGAUCAGGCACUGCCUUCCUCAGCUAGCCAGAAACAUUCGGACAAGAAGCGCCCAGCACCUGCAACCACUAGAAAACUAAAAGAAAAGAGGCUCAGAACCCUGCCUUUAGCUCCAAGUCCCCUACAAGCACUGCCCAGUGAGGACCUACAAGAGGGAGAUUGGGAGCAAGAAGAUAAAGAUGAAGACAUGGGCUCCAGGCUGGAACACAGUCCCUCAGUUCAAGCAGACUCUGAAUCCCCAAGCCCUGAAGAAGUACCAGAUUAUCUCCUGCAAUACACAGCCAUCCACAGUGCAGAGCAGCAACGUGCUUAUGAGCAGGACUUUGAGAUGGAUUAUACUGAAUACCGCAUCCUCCAUGCUCGUGUUGGGGCUGCAAGCCAAAGGUUCAGAGAGCUGGGAGCGGAGAUCAAGAGAGUUCAGCAAGGAACUCCAGAACAUAAGGUGCUGGAAGAAAAAAUAGUCCAGGAAUAUAAGAAGUUCAGGAAGCGGUAUCCAGGUUACAGGGAAGAAAAGCGUCGCUAAGAAAGUGGAUGCUUCAUUCACAACCAGGAAUGAUAUGCCUUUCCCAGUUCCACUGGAGAAGGAAGUUAAUGGGCCACACCUGGGCUGUGGGGGAGAGAGGUGCACCCAGCAGUGUCAGCAAUUCCUGAAACAACUUGGAUGGAACCCCAACCUGAUGCCACACCCAUACAGGGCAUUUUUGGGCAGAGACUAGCCUUGGGAGGUAUAAACAUGCUCAGUUGCAUGACAAGGGUAAACAGUAACCCAUCCUUAGGGUAUGGGCAGGGCCUGAAACAGACCCAACAAAAAAAGUCCCUCACCUGUUGUAGUCAUCAGGCCAGGGGCCUGGGCAAUAAACAUGUUAAGACAGAAAAUGACAAAAGGUAGAAUGGAUUUAUAGGUGAUGACUAUGGACCUAGUUAGCUGGUCUAUAGCAGCACUGACCAAUAUGGUAAGCCAGUAGCUCUAGGUGUGAAUAUUGAAAUCAAUGAAAUUUUAAAAUGUAGUUCUUAGUUACAUUUCAAAUGUUCAGUAACUACCUGUGUUAGACAAUGAAAAUUAUGGAACAUUGCCAAGAUUCCAGAAAAUUCUAUUGGACAGUGCUGAUCUAGAAAAUCUUUGGUUCCCUAUCUCCUGGAAAAAAGACAGUUUAAAGGGGGCUCAUUUAUUGUCACUGUUCCAAAUGUACAAAAAAAAUUAGAAAAUAACCCCCCAACUCAAUCCCCCCCACCCCCACAACAUUACCCCCAACACAAAUAAUUUUUCCCAAAACCACAAACAUCAACUGGUCCUGGUAUUUCCAUAAACAGUGCAGCUAAGAAACAGUUUAGAGAAAAUUUAACGGGAUUCAGAUUAUAUCCAUUCUGUCCUCUCUGCCCUGAGAGUAAUAAUCCCAUAUGGGUCCCAGUCCUCCCCAAUGGUUUUCCCAUCUCUGGUGGAAGAGUCCUUUUACAAAGUGGCAUGUUUGGCUGCUGCUUUAGAGAUCCUCCUGUGCCUUCUUCUUCUUCUUGGCUUUUUCUUCUUGAAUUAUAGGGGGGUUUGUUGCCUCUCGCUGUAGAUAGCUAAUAAAAUCACUUAAUUCACGGCCACCCUGAAAACAGAAAGAUUACUCUGAAAAUUUAACCUUUUAAAGAACCCUGGAUUUUUUUUCCCCAAUAGGAAGACUUUUGAGUUUACAAAAGCACGUUAGCAACCACAUACAUUGACUAUGAAACUGAAGUUUCCAGUUAAGUAAAAUUUAAAGAACUGAAUAUGUAUGUGUAUGUGUGUAUCUGUGGGGAGAUGAGACAACGCACUUACUUCGUAUUUCUUUGGGUUUAGCUUCUUGUUGGCUGGAGAGAAGUAGAUGGUAGGAAAACUGGGUAAAAAAAAAAAAAAAGUGAACUCAUUUUCAGAUUCCAGGGUAAGUCCAACAUAUACUUCCCCAAUAACUUUCUGGGAAUAACUUCUCUUCAUGAUUUCUAUUUCUGACCAGAUACCACUCUCUAUCAGUGCUCACAAAUCUGUGGCAGUCAUGUGGACCCUUGCAGCAGAACUCUAAGCCAAAAAGGCAUCUGGUUCCAUGUUCAAGUGCAGUGAGGGAUCCACUCCCUAAACUAUGCCCAAUAAAUGGUUUGCAAGCUUACUUUUUCCUAUCAAUUGCCUAGACACUUUUAUUAGCUUUUAAUCUACUUACCCUCUGACUUCAUAUGGAGAAGGCACAUCAUUGGCUGUAGCAUCCAUCUUGGCUAUGAUAAUAUUUGGGUCUUUUCUGAGCUGUUAAUAAAAAAGGUUAAACCUUUAAAGUUUCUGGUGACCAAGGGACACUUAGUCAAAUCAACACUUAAAAUAACCUCAUUUUUAAACACCUGGGUAAGUUCUGCUCCAGUAGGAAGUGUAGUGACACUUUACAUAAUAUCUAGCUUUCCAAAGGCAUCCCUUUUCUCUCUUGGUUUCUACAUAUUAAGACUAUUUAUAGCUACCUUCAAAAUUACCUGACUUCUAUAAGACAUUACAAGGGAAACAUAAUGGAUUCAUACACGCCAUUACCAAAAUUCAGAAGCCUGGAUACUUUUAACCACAAUCUAGAUUGAGUCUGAGGAGUGGAAUAUCAAAAACAGGUAUCUGAGGCACUGCACAGGCUAGAGACACUAGCGGGUCAGCCAGGAGAAAAUAAAGAGUAGACAGCUGAAAAAAAAAAAAAUCUACCAGGACACAGGUACUGAAUUAAUUAGGGUAACUAGCCAAUGCUGAAUUAUGUGUCAACUUCCCAACUCAAAAUUUAUCUUCAAAAUAUGGUUCAGACUUACCUUCUCUCCCAGUUCUUUAUACUUAGGCUCCAGAUUCUUACAGUGACCACACCAAGGAGCGUAAAAUUCAAUCAGCACAUCUUUAUUUUCAUCAUUCACUAUUUCAUCAAAAUUCUCUGCUACCACUACCUGGAAUACACCAAAGAUUCUCUAGUUGGUAAGGCAAGAUGAAGAAUAAAAAUUCACCACAUGCUGUAUUUGUUUCUGCACCUAAACCCUAUCAAAAUGUGCUGUGUUGUCCCUGAAAAUAUGUCAUUGAAACCCAAAUAGCAUCUACAGACUAUAUUAAAGAUGUUUCUGACCAUUUUCCAGAAACAAACUCAUUCCCAGGUCUGUCACCUGUCAAACUUUGUUCAGUAAGUCAUAGGAAAUAAGUGCUACCCAACCCUUCCUUAAUCUCAAAGCAACAAUCUCAAAACUAUUCUUAGAGGUUAGCUUGCUCUACCCUGAAGAGUAACUUAGUUCUAAUAUAAAUACUAACAAAAAUUCUAUGAAGCCGGCACCUGGGUGACUCAGUCGGUUAAGUGUCUGACUCUGGAUAUCAGCUCAGGUCAUGAUCUCAUGGCCAUUAGCCUGAGCCUCGCAUUGGGCUCCAUGCUCAGUGGAGCUUGGGAUUCUCUCUCUCCCUUUCUCUCUCUGCCCCUUUCCCACUUGUGCACAUUCUCUCUCAAAAUAAAUUCUAUGAAGAUUUUAUACUCUUGCCCCUUGGGCAUCAUAGCUCUGCCAAUGCUUAUUUUAUGACUCAGGGAGAGGAGGACAAACAAAACCAAAAACAUGACAGCCAACAAGGUCUUCACUUAGACGAAGCAUUUUUGGAAUAUGAGAAACGAGAAGAAGGGGCACCUGGAUGGCUCAGUCGGUUAAGAAAUGAGGAGAGUCAAUUAUAUCUCAAUAAAACUAAGAUCGGGGGACAAUGAGGAGAGGCAGCUGCUUAGAGCCUUGGUGAAGCUAUGGGCACCUCACCUUUACUGGCCCGUCAUUGCUCUCUGGGAUGGGCUCAGACUUCAGGUAUCUCUUCAGGUUGCCAUCAAAAUAAUCCUGCAGGAAUCUUUCAAGAGCCUUGCCAUCACGU